GCCAAGCCGGCAUCGAGCUGCGGAUCGGCGCCAGCAGCUCAGCUCGCCUCUGCUGGAACCAGAAGCCAUCCAGCCAGCCCUGGAGGGAGGAACACAAGACGUUAGCAUCCAGGGUAUCCACGACAGCAAGAAAGCAGUAAUCAUCCCAAAGGACUGCACCCUGGCAUUCAGAAUAAAAUGGUUACUAAUCAGAGAAGGAUCCUUAGCCAUUGCACUCUUACAAGAUGACAGAACACCAACUUUUCCGCUGCUUGUUGGUGUGCCAUACAGUAUUCCUGCUGAUGCCAUCGAGUGGAUAAAGAUGCCCUCUUUGUUUCCAGACUUCCAAGAUGAAGGAUCUGUACCUGUGGUAAUCGAGAAAAUGAUGGGAACUGAGCAGAUGGAAAUUGAGGAGGCAUGCACGUCCCUCCUUUCACUGUCCACAGAUCUGACGGAAACAUUUUUACAUGGCUUCUUGGCUAUUAUCAGAAAUAAUGACCUUUUGGAGGACCUAGAACUCCAGCUAGAGAAGGCGCUGGAUGAGAUUAAUCCAGUGAAGCUGGAGACUGGCAGGCCAGAGCUGCAAGAAUUAGUGGACAACUUACAAGAUUCUACUGGAGCCAUUUGCCGAGACAUCGCUGAACCUGUCCUGUACUUUCUUCAAGCUCUGGAGGAAUUGCCAAGAUCUGAGAUGUUGCUUCUGGAGGAAUCUGUGGAGAGGAAAAUUGUGCCCAAGCAAACUGCACUGGUACAACACAUUCUAGAACAUGAUUUUAGCAACCAAGAAGGAACACUUAUAGAUGCCCAGGAAGUAUAUUCUCUCAUCGAAGACGAGCUGGAUAUUACUGAAGCAAUGAUCAAGUUAAGUGGAGUGACAUUCCAAAGAAUUGGAGCUAGUCUUUCUGUGACUGGAAACCCUGAUGCUUUUUUGGCCCUCGGUUCAUUGUAUGUUGCUCUGUAUGUGCUGAGUCUUCUCUCCAAAUGACAGCAUGGAAUAUUUCACUUGAACAUGUACCACAAAACACAUUUUUAAGUAUCCUGUUCAGAUCCAUGUGAAUGCUUUAUGCUUAUAUUGGCUUUAUGCUUAUAUUGAUCUUUGCUUGCCAUUUAGUAGCUCAUUCACCCAGUUUGGGGAUGUCCCUUCAGAGGUUUUUACAGUCCAAUUGGAUUUUCAACACACUGCGUAGUUUGGUGAAAUCCGUAGACCUGUCCACCAAAACUCAGCUCCAAGUUACUUAUAAACAAAUGAAAUGAUACCAGUGUCAAUUUAAGUCCUUAGAAUCAUAGAGUUGGAAGAGACCCUAAGGACCAUUAUGUCCAACCCCUUGCAAUGCAGGAACACACAAUCAAAGCACUCCUGACAGAUGGCCAUCCAGCCUCUUUAAAAGCCUAUGAAGACUCCACCACACUCCGAGGUAGUGGAUUCCACUGUCGAACAGCCUUGUCAGGAAGUUUUUCCUGAUGUUUAGGUGGAGAGGCCACAUCAUUGCUUCCUUCUUUGCAGCAUGAGAAAUGUCCACUUACUGUGGUACUGUCCACAUUUGCUUCCGAUGACUUCAUAUUUCUUAUCAGUAUUUGUUUAGUUGUGAAAUCCAGAAAGAGCCCUGACCAGGACGCAAUCUGUCCUAUAAACAACAUGAGUUCAGGUACACACAGUUUGUAUAUGCCAAAUGCCCUUUUUUUAGAACAAUUUUUGCUAUAUGGAAAUGCAGACUAAGUUCACAUUUAGUUUAUGUCCAGAUGCUGCAAAAGCAUGUGUGCGUGCAUUGCUUUUAUUGCAGUGCAGAUUCCAGUUUGCAGUAUUUUCACUGGUAAGCCUGCCUCCUUACCAGAUCACCCACUUAUUCAAAAUAAAAGAUGUAUGUAUGGUAACUGCCCAAGUUCAGUGCUGAACUAAGGUAAAUUGGGGGUGGGGAGUGGGCACCAUUUUGCCCCAGGCGCCAUUUUCCCGACCUACGCCACUGCCAUUAGGGUAAACAGAGUUGCACCCUUCUAAGUACAUUCAGGUUAACCGACUAAGAAGGGUGUAACUCUGCUGUAUUUAAAUAUUGCUGAGAUUGGCUAGGCCCAAGACAAAACAUAAAUUCACUGGUAUUCAGUUCUCUCUUUUGGUCUCAGUAUUUCCUAACCUUAAAAGAAAGCUUUUUUUUGCCUUUCGUCUUACUUGCAAAAUGGGAAAAUGUUUCCUAGAUGCCUCCUAAAUGCUUCAUUACAUAAUAUCUGUGUAUGUGUAAGCUAUACAUGUGACAAAGUGUAGGGAGCUAUUGCCAUGAGAUUGAAUUAGCUACUCGAGGUUUUUUUCUUUUUUAAAAAUCCAUAACAUACCAAGAUAGUUUGAUAAGCCACUAUUUAGGCCUGGAUCAGGCUUUUAAAUCUGGGCCUCAUGUUUGUUUCUAAAAGCCUGACUCUUGCUCUUCCAAACAGCAGAACACCCCAAACACUCAGCCAGGCUUCUGUUGCAGCUCUAUAUCUCAAGGAGCAAAAUUAGCAUCAGUGGACAAACUAUCAAAGAAACUUAUCAAUCAUUACAGACCUCCUAACUCCUAACUCAGAGUCUACUCCGACCUGGCCUGGGAAAUUCCUGGAUAUUUAGGGGCAGAACCGGGGAAAUCAUGGGUUGGGGAAGGAGCUCAGCAGGAUAUAACUGCUCCACCCUCUAAAUCAGUAAUUUUCUCCAAGGCAACUGAGCCCUACUUUUCCAAGAGAUCUCCAGCCCCUUCCUGGUGCUGGCAAGUUGGCAACCAUAUCUGAUACAAAAUGCAUCUUGAAACCCACUUAAAUAUACAGUACAGUAUUUCACUGACACCACAAAAUCAAGAUCAGGAAUAUUAGUAAUGAGAGCCUGGUGUGGAUGAAAUUCUGUGUGUGAGAAAGAAUCCAGCUUAGUGGCUAG